AUGACGUUACCUAGCUUCAUAACGUCACUUCACUACGCGGGCGUGUUUGUGCCAUAUACCGGUACUGUGGAAGGAAUGGAUGCUGUUCUGUUUCUCUGUAUCGGGCUAGCCAUUAUAGGAUACACCUAUGGCACGGUCGGUAACGGCACAGAGAAGCUGUUGUUCCGAGAUCUGUUCCGUACUUACGAUACAACUCCGAGGCCCAUCAACAACAUCAGCCUUCCAGUAGUCAUAAAAUUUGGCGUGGCCCUAAAUCAAAUCCUCGACUUGGACGAGAAGAAACAGGUGAUGACGACAUCAAUGUGGAUACAAGAGAGCUGGGUAGAUGAAAACUUACAGUGGGACCCAAGUGACUACGAAGGACUGGACACGUUGAUGGUAGCGUCUACUUAUGUGUGGGUCCCUGAUAUAUUCAUCUUCAACACAGCGGGAGGGGAAUUAGACGGUUUCGUGAACGUAACAGGAAGUAAGUUAAUGAUCAAGAGUGAUGGUGGGAUCAAAUGGACAGUGCCCUUGAUGAUUAAGAGCGCAUGCUCAAUGGAUGUAAAGUUCUUUCCAUACGACAGUCAGCGAUGCCGGAUAAACUUUGGAUCAUGGAUAUAUGACGGAUCUAAAAUUGACUUGCAGCCGUACCCUACCAAACCUGAUCUUGGUGAUUACAUGCUCAACAGCGAGUUUGACCUUCUGGGGGUAACCUUGGACAGAACAGUAGCCAAUGAGACAUGCUGUCCCGGGCCAGGUAGUCAUCCCAUGAUCAACUUUGGCCUGAGAAUCAAACGCAAGUCCAUUUAUUAUGACUACAUCGUGAUAGCACCGACCAUCAUGUUGUGUGUUCUCACACUUGCUACGUUUCUCCUGCCUUGCCACCACGGCGAGAAGAUUUCUAUUGGUCUGACAGUGUUUCUGACACUAUAUGUGUUACAACUAUUGAUUGCUGAAAAUGUACCAGAUACCAAUACGACACCAAUCUUAGGUAUCUUCAUAUUCCUGGUGAUGACCAUGAACUGUAUAUCAAUGAUAAUGGCUACUGUUGUACUCAUCAUAAAAAAACAUGGCGGUCUCAAGCCAGUUCCAAUGGUGCCUUCAUGGGUUCUUUGGUUCUGCGAGACUUGUCUCAGUAAACUGGUAUGUACUCAGCUUCGUUCCUGGGACUUUCAGUUCGAUCUGUGUGCCGAGGAGCGUGACUAUGUACCACCUGCACCACUUGACCGACCCUGUCUUGUUAUGACAGAUCCCUUGGGGAUCCAAAACCACCGGAUAAAAGACUACGGUCCGGACACGGCCGACACCUUGACCGGCAUGUAUGACGGAUUUGAUGUUGGAGACUAUGUGCAGAUGAACGUAUGUUAUAACGACAGUGAAAUCGUUACAAAUGGUGACACAAAAACUCAGGGAAAUGGAUGCGUACCUCAAUGUUCAUCAAAUCAUUUAGGAUCCAAUAGGCGGGAGACCGAGAUUGAAGCAGAUGAUGGUCAGUGUUCUUCCUCAUGUGACAUGACGUCAUAUAGACGGAUGUUGCGAAACAGGCGUUCUUACAGAAGAGCAUUACAUACUGACGACACGGAGGAAGAAACAGUGAGUUUACACAACGAAUCCACUUUCAACGAAGAUUAUAUGGAGCAAGUGUUCCGAAUAAACAGAUCUCGGGCUGUAAUGGAGCGAAAACGCCAGUGGUAUUUUGUGGCAGAAGUCGUCGACAAAGCAUUGUUUUUAGUAUACCUGGUCAGCAUGUUUGUUACCAUAACGACGGUAUUAGUCAUAGUUCCGUCUACAGCUCCAUCAACGUAAAGCAACACCAGUUGGGCAAUCGAAUUUCAUUAUUUAAGAACCAUGAUAUUGAAGUAUAUUUCUUUAUGAUCGUCAGUUAGCAGCUAUUAAAACACUCCGCCUUUCGGCGAUAUCGUGUCAUUAAUUUAACAAUAAUAAUAUCAAAA